AUGGCGGACGAACUUUUAAUUCACGUCGUCCUGUGUAUGUUUGUGACAACAGGACUCUGCGCCUAAAAGGACCGAAAAAGUCAACGAAGGGUUACCUAUAAUAUUACAAAUUACCUUGAACUAUUUAAUUUAAUCGCUGAGGGCUCAAAAAAGCUGAAAAUGGCGGACGACGUAGAGGUCGAAGAUUUUGAGAUCACAGAUUAUGAUUUGAUGGAGGGAAUGGGUCUGGGCUUUAGAAGACGCAAAAUGACCCGAGAAGACGCCAUCUAUGGCAUAUGGGCAGACAGAGAUUCGGAUGAUGAUGACAGACCAAGUUUCUCGGGGAAACGGAAGAAGGAUUAUACAAAACCUCUGAAUUUUGUCAGUGGGGGAGUUGUACAGAAAGGAAAAGAUAAGAAAACAGAGGAUGAUGAUGCUGCUAGUGUUGGUAGCAGUGCAAGUGAAAAAGGUCCAGGGUCUGGAAGAAAUUCUCCAGUUGUCAGAGAUAAGAAGCUUUUUAAGGGUACUGGAGUCAAAAAAGAAACUGGCCCUCUUGGGCCUCAGAUGUUUGCCAAGAAGCUCUUAAAAACUUCUGGAAAGGAAUUUGGAUCAUUUGAAAAGUAUACUAAAGGGUUCGGCAUGAAAAUGCUUCAGCAGAUGGGUUAUGAGCCAGGAAAAGGUCUGGGGAAGGAUGGACAGGGUAUUGUAUAUCCAGUAGAAGCUUUUAAACGUGAAGGACGUGGAGCAUUGGGAAGUUAUGGGCCGGAGAGAAGCAAGAAAGCUCAGGAGUUACGGCCUGUUUACGAUGAAGAAGAAGACGAGGAAGAAAAAUUCAGAGAACAACUUCAACAAUGGAAGAAAACAGAGGAGGGAUAUUCAAAGCCAAAGUAUGUUUACAAAACAGUGGAUGAGGUUAAGGCUACAGGAGGAAGUAAAAAAGGACCAUCGAUAUCACUGAAGCACAGCAAGAUAAAGGUUGUGGACAUGACAGGACCUGAAACAAAGAUCCUGACAGGUUAUGGCUCAAUUGCCCAACAACAUGCCAAACCAGGAGAAGUCCCUCCAACCACUUCAGUACGUGAUGCUGAGGCAGCCUUUGCUAUGCCUGAGUUAACAUACAAUUUAAACCUCCUGAUUGAUAUGGCCGAGACAGACAUAGUACAAACAGACAGACAGUUGAAAUUUGAGCAAGAUCUUGUGGUAAAUCUUAAACAUGAAGAAGAGAAGCUCAGUGCAGUGCUGGAACGAGAAGAAAAGGAGAUCAAGAAAUUGAUGGAGGUCAUCAACAUGAUUGACAGUUGCCGACAACAGUCACUGUCACCAGACGAUGAUGUUCUCACGCUUGACAAGUGCGAAGAAAUAUUUAAUACUCUACAAGAAGACUACUAUGAGGAAUUUAAGAUGUAUGACCUGGCAUCUUUAGCUGAACCUCUGGUUUUCUCUUUGGUGAGGAAGUAUUUUGAAGGAUGGAAUCCACUUGUUAAUCCUUCGCACGGUUUAGAAGUGAUGGUCCGAUGGCGAGAAAUACUGGAGAGGAAAGAAGCAGAGAAUUCUGCAUUCAGUCUGACUUUGGCACAAGGGACGGCACAUGGCGAGGAGGCAAUGAAGAUGUAUGACCGACUUGUGUGGGAAGUAUGGAUGCCCUUUCUUCGUUCUGUUAUAUGUUCUUGGACUUGCCGCGAGUACGAAAGCAUGCUAAACUUGAUUAACAUCUGGAUACCAGUCCUCCCACAGUGGAUAUUGGAAAACAUCAAACAACAGUUAAUUCUGCCUCGUCUGCAGGUGGAAGUAGAUGCGUGGAAUCCAUUGACAGACACUGUACCUGUUCAUGCCUGGAUUCAUCCCUGGCUUCCUCUUAUGGGUGAUCGACUCGAGCCGCUGUAUGCACCAAUCAGAUUCAAGCUUGCAUCGGCUCUAACCAACUGGCAUCCCUCAGACCCUUCAGCCAAAAUGAUGCUGGAACCUUGGAGUAAGGUUUUUUCCAAAGGUACAAUGGAUGCAUUCAUUCUUCGAUCAAUUUAACCGAAAUUGUCGCAGUGCUUGGCAGAAUUCAUUAUAAACCCUCACCAGCAGCACUUAGAGCCUUUUCAUUGGGUCAUGGAGUGGGAGGACAUCAUAACGCAGCAGCAUUUCAUCAGUUUGUUAGAAAAACAUUUCUUUCCUCGUUGGAUUCAGGUAUUCAGGCUGGAAAGGCAUGUUUAGUGAUGAUUUACUCAACCAUCCAACCAUCAAAGUUCAAUUCAACCGUGCACUUGACGUCAUGAACCAGGCUGUUACGUCACCAGGGGGCGUUCUUCAGCCAGGUGCCAGGGAGAAUAUUGCCUAUCUCACCAGCACUGAGAGAAGGAGGGAAGCAGAGGCGGCAGCCAUGGCAGCAGCAGUUGAAAAACAAAAGGCUGAGGCAGCUCGCACUUUAGCCGCAUCUCAGAAUGUUCCGUCAAACUUCAAAGAUCUUAUACAAAACUUGGCUGAGGAAAACAAUCUUAUAUUCAUGCCAACUCCUAAUCGACGUUUUGAAGGAAAAGCUCUGUACUCGCUUGGUAAAGUGACGCUAUAUAUUGACAGAGGAGUUGUGUUUGUAAACACACAAGGCGUUUGGAAACCUGUAUCAUUGCAGGACUUAAUUAGUUUGGCAAAGUGAUGGAGUGUUGUAGUUGGAAAGAAGGGCUUUGUUUUUGAGAGGAAACUCACUGCUGUUUUGCGCUAGUUGUUAGAGCUUUCGAAAUACCGCAAAAGAAAAAUUGUGGAGACUAUUGAGUAGUGCUAGCAUAUAGCAGCCACUCGAGGUCCCAGCUGUCAACAAGUGGAGGUAACCUGCAAUGGACUUGCAUCUCAGUAAGGGGGAGAAACAUUUAACCCGGUCACUUCAUGCUUAAGAAAUCGGUAUAAGCUCUUAGCUGAAUGGGCCUUUAACCCCCCUAAGACCAAACCACUUUCAGUAGAACAUCAGGUGUAAUCACUGUAGUGGAUUCAGGAGGAGGGUUGGCCAGUCUAGACCCCCCCUCCCCUUUCAUCCCAUCAGACCUGUUUUUUUGUUUUGUUUUUUUGUGUGUGUGUACCAAAUCUCUAGCAACUACAGGGUUGCAUGUUACAACAGAACACUUUAUGAAGUAUUUAAGAACUACUAUUGGUGUAUAAUUUUUAGCUAGUGUAGGAUAUAGGGUUAAAAGAACUAUCUGUUUUCUAAAUCAACUUUGGACCUUCAUAAAACUCCUUGAUCUGUUAGCAUUCUGGCAAGCCCAAAUUAUAUGCACCUCUAGGUGAGUGUUUCUUCGCCUGCGGGGAAAGUAUGCUUGGGGCAACGCGAGCUAGCGAGAGGUCUGGCAGGGGUCUAGGACUGAUUAUUGGUGCAAGACCCCAGCAAACUUUUCCCUAACUCGUCUCAAAUCAUCCCAAAGAAACGCACAUUCUGCUGCACUAAAAUAUUCAGUGAGCUAAAUGUUCUUUCUGUCAUACACAAGAAACUUUCAUAGUGAACGCACUUAGCAAAGUACUCGGUACAUAUUUAAGAGCUUUUUUGUGUGGAGGCACAGUGGCCUCAUGGUUAGUGCGCUUGACUUCGGAUCGAGUGGUCCAGGUUCGAGCCCUGGCCAGGGACAUUGUGUUGUGUUCUUAGGCAAGACCCUUUACUCUCACAGUGCCUCUCUCCACCCAGGUGUGUAAAUGGCUACCGGCAGUUUAAUGUUGGGGGUAACCCUGCAAUGGACUAGCAUCCCAUCCAGGGGGGGAGUAGAAAUACUCCUAGUCGCUUCAUGCUACAGAAACCAGAGUUAAGCACCGGCCUAAUGGGCCACUAGGCUCAUAAACAGUCUUUACUUUACUAUUUAAGAGCUUUUAAUAUUUACUGUCAGGUUGGUUUGUUCACAUACAGUUUUCCAAAAUUACACUGUUAUUCCUUGCUCAGAUACAGUUUUAUGUUCAGUACUUUGUUAAAAAAAGUUUGUUACCUCAAGAUCAAUAAUAUUAUUUUUAAUGGAAGACCUUGUACUUCAAGCAUAAAUAAGAUUUUAAAAAAAAUUAUUUGUUAAGUUAUUCUUGAACAUAUGAUAGCAUUAUCUGUAAACAAUGCUACUUGUAUAUUGACAAUGAGGACAGCUGCAUUAAAACUUUUUGGUUUUUGCCAA